AUGUUCGGCAGUGAUACAUCCUCGCCGCCAUCUACUGUGACUUCCCAGGAACCCUGCAGCCGACUCCUGUCCCUGAAGGCAAAUGGGUCUCAGAAAACCAAGCGACUGACGAAGCUUACUGACGAGGAGAAGGCUGGCAUCAUGGAGAUGACUUCGCCGCAGGACAUUCCCCGUGAGGAGAGGAAGCGGCAGUACUCUGCUCUGCGAAGAGCAAUCCUAAGAAGCGCCAACCCAGCCCUCACGGCAAAGUUUUCGCUGUGUGAUGAUGACUCGAGGUUCGGCAUGCUGAAGACUUUCCUCGUCAACCAGGGAGUUGGUGCUAUCGAGGUUGAAGAGAAGUACACUCGCUUUGUUGCCGAGCUUCGUACGGACAAGUACGUCACGAUCUUUCAGCUCGAGAAGAUCUACGGAAAGUCGGCUGAAGCAAAAGCUUUCAUUGCCGAUUUGAUCAAGGGCAGCUGGGUUGCAUUGCAAUGGCAUACUACCUUCUUCGAAGUUGGUUCUGGGCCUGCUAGCUAUACGAACCUAUCUAUGUGUAUAAGGUCAAGCUGGGACUCCGCACCCACAGGCCGGUAUUGUGCCCUGAGACAUGAUAUCUUUCAAUGA